AUGUCAGAUUUAUUUGGCGCUGGUUCGGAAGAUUUGGAUUGGACCAGUGAUUUGGGGGUAAGCAAGCCAUUUUCCUUCUCUAGCUAGUUGGCGUUUAUUGCGAAACAAGCUUUCACUACUUGCCGACCACUUAGUGAAGUAAAAGUUAUGCUUGAAGUAUAUUUGCUGGCUUUACUUAUAAAUGACAGCAUUGUUAAGAUUUUCCACUAUAGAUGGUUUCCUGCCCAGUAGAAAUGUUCAAUGCACAAAAUAAAACCAGCUGAAUGGAAAGCUUAACGCUUGUGUAAAAGCAAACAAACAAAUCGAGAAAACAGGUUGGGUUAAUUUACAAGAACUCUCGUAAAGUCUUACCUAAACUUAAUUAAGCUUAAGAUCCGUGACCUUUGUUUAAAAACAGGAAUACGAAGGAGAGAGAAACGAACUCGGAGAAAGGCAUGGAUAUGGAAAAGCUGUUCUACCAAAUGGUGAUAUUUACGAAGGAAACUAUGUUAAUGGGAAACGACAUGGGAAGGUUAAUAUUUCGAUAGACUUUUUACUUUAGUAAAAUUACUUGUAACAGAAACAGACAUUUCAUAGGCUAUCAACAGGAUACCUUUUUCUUAGAAUUGGCCUUAAGCGGUUGGCUUGAUUCUCGCUUAAGGAUAUUGCUUUACAGAAAAUUAACUAGAUAACCUUCCUAAAUAUUUAAGCCGAAUUAUUUUUAGUGCAGUAGCUUGGGACCAGUGUUUAUUUAUAUAUGGAGAGGGGUGAAAGAAAUCAACGACAGGGGUGAUUUUGUUCGAUGCCUUGUAAAUUAUUUCUGUUUGUGUAAAAAAUAAUUUGUUUCAAACCUAAAUGUAAUGAUUUUCUUAAAUUCUGUGGCCAUUUGAAAGUGAUGAAGUAGAAGACCAAUACCCACCCAUCUCCACCUAACACAGCCUGCUAUCACCCAUGGUUACUGCGUAGAAUUUGGUACCAUCCACUGUACAGUAGGCAUUGGCUAGUCCACUUUAUGCAUCCAAAAUAAUGAGAACACAAAACUACAUUACAGAUGCCUACAAUUUUUUCUGGGAGGGUCAAAUUUAAGUUGUGAAUGGAAAGAGGGGAACCACUAUUUAGACCUAAUGGGGGAUGGGGAGGGGGCAUCCUUGCAGAAAUUUUUAUCAUGCAAAACAGUUUCCCUGUGACCAUCUCCAUAAAUAGUGGCCAGCCUCAUACCAUCCUGCAUGCAUAGUUUUUUAGCUAACCUGUAGGUACAGGCUAACAUUUGAUCCCAAAUUUUGCCAGUGCCACAUCUUGUAUUUUUCAAAUGUGAGUUGCAUUUUUGACAGUAUUUUCAUAUCUAAAGCCGCACUAGAUCCACAUUAGAAAUGGGAUGGGUUGAUGAUAUGAACGGGUGACUAGUACAAUGGGAUAUGUCCCUUUGAGGUUUACAUCUCCCCUAAAAAUGCACUUAGCGGGGUUUUAUAAAAUGUACCUAGCUCUGCCUAAUGAUAAGAUCAUACUUGGUACUCAUGUUUACAGGGAACAUACAUAUUUCGAAAUGGAGCCAAAUACAAGGGUUUUUAUGAUGAGGGAAAAAAGAGUGGCCAUGGAACAUUUGAGUACCCUGAUGGAUCUAAAUAUGAAGGUAUGUACAGUUAUUUUCUUUAAAGUUUUCAACUAAGAUACGAAAAGCCAGUGUAUGUACUUAAACUCAGUGAGAUGGAUGCUUGGUAUAAGAGCUUGGCUUAGUUCUUGGCCUGUCAAAAUGCCUGUUUUUUUUGGCUAUUUUUGUUUGAAAACCUUUAAAAAUUGCAUGCAAUUUCACUUAGUAGGAAUAGUAGAGACUGUCCUCUUAUAACAUCAUGUGUCAAACUGAAAGAAAACUGCUAGCAGAUGAAUAAUCAUUUUAUUUAUUUCAUUUUCAACUAAAACGGUGAAUUUUAAAAUGAGCACUGGCUGGAGAAUACAUCUGUUACGUUUGAGGCCUGGGUUACAAAGGGACCUAGCAUAAAGCAAAGUAGCUAGGCCAGUCACACCAAUGUCUUCAUUUUAACCCAAAAUAUUAAGAAAAAGAAUUAUUUAGCUAUAUAGGGAAUAACCUAAGGUUACAUCCCCAUUUGAACAAAACUUAAGUUUCUAAAGAAGUACCUUUGUAAAAAGAGCUAAAAACGCUAGUGAUCUAACCAAGAAAUUAUACCAACAUUUCUGAACACAGCAAAUCUUCUGAAAAUGAAAUAUAAGACAAUAGACUUAAAAACUAAUAAGGUUUUCUGCUUGUUAGCAUCUGAUAGUUGAUUCAGGAAGUGUACCUCUGAUUUCAGCCAGGUCUCCAGUUUACAGCUCUCCAGCUUUCCCACAUUAACAUCAAAAGUGGUAAUAAUUACUUAAAGUUCAGGUGUUAUAGAUUUUAGAAUCACUUCCACAGGCAAGUGGGAAGAUAACGAACGUAACGGUCAAGGCAUGUACCUUUACAUAAAUGGUGAUGUGUAUGAGGGAGAAUGGAAAGACAACAAGAGACAAGGAAAGGGUGUUUACACAUGUGCUGCCACCAAACUCAAGGUUUGUUCAGACCCUAUAAUUUUGUCUUUUAACAUUGCUAAACAUGGGCUUCCUGUGAAGUACAGAAGUCUAAAUCUACCACCAAGCAUUCCUCACAUGGAACUGAGCGACAAUAACGAGUGUUUUGCAGAAGUCACACAAAAUUGAAAUUUUUGUAUUAAAAUAAACACCAAAACAGAUCGUUUUUUCAUGCAGAGGUUAGUCGAAACUGCAAAGAUUCAUAAGGACUCAUUGCAAACCAGAAAAAAUGAACUUUCCUAUAUACAUGAGCCUUUAAGUUGCAGGCCCCAUAUCUCUAUUACUUCACCACAAACAUCCUCAUGAAAGUUCCAUUUUUUUAAAAAAUUCAACACGAUAAAUAAAUUAUUUAUUGAUCUAGAGCAGCGUUAUUAAGGCUGUGUAAAAAAUAGGAAUAAUUGCAAAUAUUGUGUGACAAUCUGCAAAACAUGCUAUGGGCUCAUAGAUUAACCAUGCUUUCCAAAUAAUAGUUCGAGUUCCUGAGGCCCUAAGGUGACUUUUGUUGUACUCUUUUUGAUUCACCAGCUAAGUAAAUACAAGGCAGUUUGGAAGAGGAUUUCACAGUUUUAGCACACUUUGGGCUAAAAAAAAAAACGAAAACAAAGUAAUAAAAUAAUAAUUAUUAGAAAUAUCCAUGGCUUCUGCAUGCAGACUUGAACAUGUUAUGUUUAUGUCAUUAUUGGUUUAAGUAUGAUGGAAGCUGGAUGAAUGGAAGACUAUCUGGACCUGUUAAAAUGAUCCUACCAAACCAUGUUUAUCUGGGAACAUUUUACGACAGUUUAGUAAGUAUUAAUUCUUAUGAAAUUUGUGUGGACAGGGAUCCACUGGUUUGUGCGGAAAUGACAGGAAUAAAACAAGUUAAGUGUAACGUAAUAAAAUAGUAAAUAUAGAAUAAGCUUAAUAAAAUAUUAUCAGGGGCAUAGCUGAGCCUCUAUGCCUAUAGUACGCAUGUGAAUAACCUGGAAAAAAGACAAGGAUAAAUUUAAGACAAAGUAGAAAAGCAAAACAAAGGGGGACAACUGGAAAAGGCACUUUUCCCCACAAAGUCCCCCCUAAACUUUUUCAAACAAAAUGCAGUGUUUUCCCCAAUUAUUCUUAUGUCUUGUACAAUAGCCAUAAAUGCAGCCUUAAGAACAUGGUCUUUAUCACAGCAAUAAAAAAAUGGAAGUGUAAUCAAGUCAAAUUAUGAUCAUUGGAGUGUACUCCAUUUUGGUCUGUAGCCCACACAAGUGGUAAAAAAAGUCAGACAACCACAUUUUACUUUAAUCAACAGUAUAAUAUAUAUGAUUAUAUAUAGACAGAAUUUGGAUUACACAACUUUGUGUAGUAAUAAUGUUUAAAUCAUAACCAAACCAAGAUGAAAUAUGUGACAAUUUCAACUUAUAUUUAAUGAAAACACAAGAUCUCCAGAGUGUUUGCUAUUCCUAAGUGUGGAAAAAAACAAUAUCAGAGUGCAUGCAGCUAUCCCAGCAUGCACAAGUGCAUGCAUACAGUCCAACUACAUAAUUUAUUAUUGUACUAUCAAAUAGAGUUUUCUAUUACAUUAGGGAGCUAAAGCAACGACGACAGCAAUGGCUACAAAGACAUCACUUAAAAAGUGAAAUUGCUCUACCUUAGAAUUUUUCGCACUUAUUCCAUUUCAUCAAUUUUUUUGGGAGUUGAUAGAAUUCUAAAGGACAGUAUCAAAGUUCAGGAAAAAAAAAGAAAGUUGUUGUUGUGUUCCCGUCCUCAACAAAAUGUGAAGUUAAAUAGGCCCUAUCACAUUGUAGUCAUGCAACGAUGGCUAAGAAAUUUACAAAAAAGCAUGAUGCAGCUGCAAAGUUGUUGUUUUGCCAAUCUAACCGCAUUGCUUUUUUGCCUUUGUUGUUGCUGAAGCUCCAUAUUGUCCUGCUAAAGCUGAAAUCAGGUCUUCCAAUAUAGCCACUUGAGGGAGUUUUAUGACCUUUCUGCAUAGAUAAUUAAAUACAUCAUAAUUUGUUAGAACUAAAUAUUUUUAAUUUCCACAUACUAGCCAUGUGGACCAGGCAGGUAUGUCUUUGACUUUGGAAUUGAACAGCAUGGGGAAUACAUUAUUACUGAGAAGGUAUCUACAUAUUAAUUAUUUUAUUUCAAUACAUUAAUAUUAAUAUGACCUUACUGUACGUCUAAACCAAAUAAGUAUAGAUGUUCAUUACCACAAUGUUUUUACCAUGAAUCUGCCCCACUUUCACCAAUUCUUUUAGGCAUUCCCCCUUUAAAUGUCUCUCGUGUCAAAGCUGUGUAGUUCAUAUUGUUGAUAUAAUUACCAGUUAAAUGCCUAUGGAGCAUAAUGCUUGCAAAGUUAUUACUUGCAAAUGACUAAAUCACAGUUUUAUGUCAAACAAAUGUGUCUACCAAGCAUUAAAAUAAAUGAAAAUGUUACAAACAACAAAAAACUGAAAAACUGUUAGCCAGUAGUACAACAAGUUUUCAAACACCAUCUGCUUAAAUCUUUUUCAAGUUUGUUCACCCAUGCCUUUUCAUACUUUUUUCUAACGUUUUGGGAGGUUAAUUUUGUUUCGCUUAAGUUGGUGACAGUUACGACUGUUUGAAUUUCAAUAAAUUUUGCGACACAGCUCCUUUAAAUGAGCCUUCCCCUUCCCCAACUUAAAAAAAAGCGCCUAAAGGUUGAUUUCCAAUGAUGCGCUUUUGGCAACACAUGUUAACGCACGUAAAUUUCAAUCACAUAAUUAAAAUAGAAGCAAGAUAAAAAGUGCCGUCAGCUUAACCAAGAAGAUGAGCGAGGUUCAACUUUAUGCACAUAAAAAUUACGCAACACUGGAAAUUAACCCUAAGGGCAAAUCAAGUCUUUGAGACCUAGAAGUAAAUAUUUAUCUGUUGUGAUGUAAUUUGUGCCUUUUGCUCUCACAAACAGUUAACAGAAAAUGAGGAACAGAUAAUGGAUGUUCCUGUCUGGAAAUGCAAACCAGAUCUUUAUCCACUGGGUUCAACAAAAUAAUAAACAAAAGGAAACAAUCACCUACACAAGACAUGUCAGGUUCAUGUGUUAGACAGUUAGGGCUCAGCACACUUCAUGUUAAUGACUGCUCUCAAAGGUUUUCCACAGUUUACAGUCA